GGUUUCAAGUCCCUCACCAGCAAAUUCAAGCCUUCUAGUUCUCUUCACUGAUUGCCAACUUCGACUGUUUAAUUGCAUACCUAUCUAGCCAUGGGUGCAGUGACAAGACUGGUUGCUGAAAGGCCACUGGUGAUCUUCAGCAAGAGCACCUGUGACAUGUGCCACUCCAUUAAGACACUGGUACGUGGAUUUGGGGCAAAUCCUACAAUUUACGAGCUUGAUCAAAUUCCAAAUGGCCAGCAAAUUGAAAGAGAAUUGCAGCAGCUAGGGUGUCAGAACUUACCAGCUGUGUUCAUAGGGGGCGAGUGCGUGGGAGGUGACAGGCAAGUCAUGAGCUUACUGCUGAAGAACCAGUUGGGCCCAUUGCUAAAGAGGGCUGGUGCCAUAUGGGUCUGGAACGACUAAUCAUUUCUUACCUGCAGGAACUCUACCGCAAUGUUGCUGAUGUUAAGGUCUAAUAAUAUAAUAAGGGUGUCCCCCUUCUUCUUCUUCCCAACUCCCUGUUUUGAGUAGCAUAAAGUGUGGAAGGCAGGCUUCUAUAGAGUCUAGGUUCUUUAACUUGGGAUUUGUGAACUUAUUUUAGCUAGCUAGCUGGGCCAAGGCACAUGUAGGGUUAACUCUUUUUAUGUUAGCAAGGUUCUUGGCUUUUUAACUUUAAUUAUAUGUGUAAUGCCUGUUUUCUAUUAUAAAUAAAAGUAGAGUUGCCUAUAUUAUAUAUACUACAUUACCAGGCACCCAUCAA